AUGGCCGGCGGGUUUGAUCCUAUCGACCCGGAACGGUGCGAGCACUAUGCCGGCUUCGCUUCCCACCUGGACCGGACCUCUUUUGACUUCAUCUAUUGGUUCCUCUUUGCCCUGGUUAUAGGCAUGCUCUUUUUGGCAUCAUGGAAAUACAGCGGGGACCUCGACAAGAUCAACCUCCAAGGCCUGGAGCCCGGAACUCCCAGGUACAGGAACAUCAUGACAAAAUGCAUGGUCAUCUGCGGGAUCUAUUCCGCCAUUUCAGUCGUCGCUGUCGUCAUGGAGGUGUAUGCCCUGAUGGCGUUGCAGUUUUGUGACGGCGAGGACCUCAUGCCGCUAUACUGGUCAACUUGGACCAUGAUGCAGGUCGGGUCCGUCAUUGCCAUACUUGGCAUCAUGCUCGCCGUCUUCAACAGUCUGCGGGGGAGAAAGAACCCACCAUGGGCUCUGGCCCUGGGCACGCCGGUUUUAGUUGUUGCAGGCAUUGGCCAUGCCGUCCACGGAGCCGUGCACCGGCGCGUUAAAAAAGUGCGAUCCCGGAGCCGCGGCAGGAGGAGGGCUGUCUCCAUGUCGGGCCACAGUUCUACCGGUCGGCUUGACACGAGCUGCCGCGAUGUGCCCAUGAGCAGAGAACAAACCCUCCGCGCCGACGACAGUGAAAAGGACGAGUCGGAAAUCUCGGCCAAGUUCCUCGGCUUCACCCCCGACGGCAACCCUAUCAUGAAGUUUGCCGACGACGACACACCGCGCAAGAUCGAGUGCAACCACGGCGUCGUCGUCGGCCGCGGGGACGGCCAUGUCAUUAUUGCUUUCAAAAAGGCCAUGACCAUCGUCAAUGACCUCACCCCCAACAACAACAACAGCGCCAACAACGCCAACUCGGAUCCCACGGUCGCUGCUGAGCGGCCGCCCAGGAGGAGCUUGACCCCUACCCCCAACCCGCCGACGACGACGAGGACGCCCCCGGCCAGCCCACGGUCACCUGUGGUGAGGAUCGUCUCGCCGCCCGAACUGGGUCCGGACCUCUCCCCUGUGUGA